AAGACUAUCUCUAUCAAUAGCAUUACAGAAGACAGCGUUCAAAAGAAAACAAAACUUUUUCAAAAACAUAAGACCUUGAAUUAGUAUUGUUACAAAUGAACAGUGACAAGUAGAGGUCAACGUGUGACCCCGACGAGAUAACACAGCAGCGGGUGUUCCCUGGAAUGUACAUGUAUAAACAGAGACAGGAUGUGACGUGUCCUUACAUGUUAUUCCAAAAGGUACUAGCAAUGUCCAGUGACAGAUAGAGGUCACAACUUGUGACCCCGGCAAGAUGACACUGCAGCCGAUGUUUUCUGGAAUCUACAUGUAUAAACAAAGACAGGAUGUGACGUUUCCUCACGUGUUAUUCCAGAGGAUACUAGCCGUGUUUGUGCAACUUUGGACAAGCGAUUAGGGACUCUAUAUAAGCCAGAGAGUUAAUGUGAAAGUCAGUCGUAUGGAGUCGUGAGUGAGCCGUUACAGUCGAUACAGACGAUGUAAGACGUGUGCGGCUCUGUGGAAGAGAAAUGUGUACGACUCGAUGCAAGUUAACUAGGGUAGAGUUAACUGGAGUGGACUACUGUCGUUAAAGUCUAUACAGCGAACUACAGUGGACUUGAGCCGUUACAGUCGAUACAGUCGAUGUAAGACGUGUGCGGCUCUGAUUCGGUAGACUUGAGUACGACUUGGUUCUGCUUUGGGAGACCUGGAGCGACACUGGGAAGUGUGUCGUUGGUCUGUUCUGCGGAAUACGGCUCGAUGCAAGUAGAGAAGAGAUGAAUAGCAACGAAGUGAAGAGAUGAAUUGCAACGAAGUAUAGCUAACUGUAAACUGACAGAUAUUGUACAGUCUUCUACGCUACAUGUUACAGUAACAAAUUGUUAGAGUUAAUAGUCAAUAAAGUUAUAUGAUGCUGAGAGUUUAGUCGUCAAGUUCUUUGCAGUGUUUUUAUUUGUGUGCCUACUAAUACAUUUAGCCAGAAGAUUCAGAAAUACGUAACAGUAUGAUUUAUUUCGAAGCCUGAAGACACAGUAACAAUAAAUUAAUGCCGCCACAGGAUCGAAUGAGCGACAGGUAGAAAGUAGUCCAACAGUUCAAAAUGAAAGGAGAAAAAAGUCACAGUGAAAAUGAACAGAAUGUCUAUAAAUCCAACAAAGAAAAGAAACAUUACAUCCAACCAAAGAAAGCUAGAAAUGUUGACAGCAAAUUAAUUCACGACACAAUCGCUUCCAUUAGAAGAAGAGUGAAGAAUUUCAAACAGUCCCAUCUCGCAGACCAAAGCAGAUACAACUUUGCACAUUGCUUGCGCUGUCUGCAAGAAUACAUUCUUCCCGCAUGGAGGAAAGAGCCAGAAAAUGUCAAAGAUUACGAGGAAUUUUUAAAACUGACUUUAAGGAAAGAACCCCCAGAAGAUGUGGCGCAGAUGGACGAGUACAUCGAUGUCAUCUCCUUGGGCAAGCGCGCUCGGGAGUUUCAGACGCUGCAGACAGACGUGAAGCGCCAGAUCCUGAACUGCAUGGAGCAGCGAGUGGUGAAGUCUUGCAGCAGCCUGAAAGAAAUGGCCGGCGCCGAAGUGCAGCUGUGCGUGGAGGAAUACACAGAGCACAUCGCUCAGCACAAGGCUGAUAUUGAGACCAAGUGGGAGGAGCUGGAGAAACACGGCGAGGAGUAUAAAAACUUCCUCAGCCCUUUCCUUCAUUACGUGGAGCAAGGUGAAGGACAUACAGACUCUAUGAACAAAGUGUGCCACAAUUUAUUAGAAGUGUGUAAGCUGAUAGAGAACUGGGUCAACGAGGACGAUGGAUACCCAGAAAAGUUAAUGGGAGAAUACGAAUCCAACAAGAAAAUCAAAGAGAAUCUAAAUGAAAAUGUUCAGCAACUGGAGAGGAAGAAAUACGAGAACUUGGAGCAACUGGAGAAACUUCAGAAGAGAGAGACGCGAGCCUAUCACAACUACACUGUCUCCAGGAAGUACAAACACAUCUUACAGUCAAGACAAGAGCAACUGGAGAAAAGGCGGGAAAGACUCAACACCAAAUUGGAACAGAAAAGGUCAGAGCAAGUUUCCGAUGGCCCGGAAGAUGGACACAGUGAGACGAAAAAGGCGGCUGACUUCUCGCGGCUGGAGACAGACCUCCAGGAGGUGGAGAAACAGAUCAAGAAACUUCAGAGAAACUUUAAGCCAGUCAAUGACAGGACCUACGAGCAUAAGGUUGAUGCAGUUACCUUCCGACAUCAAAAAGAAGAAAUAAUCAAAGAAAAUUCCAAGCUGGAGGAAGAGAUUCGAAGCGUCCAUGAAAGGAUAGCAAAUGUUGACAGACAGAACAAUAUCCUGAUGAAGAUUAGAGAUAUGAAGCUGUCCGAGGAAGCCUACAGAAGAUUCAUGCGGGACAAGCAGAAACAGGAGGCUUCGCAAUCAGGAGGAAGUCACCGUAUCACAGAAGCCUGCCAGUACGCGGCCAGUAUAGGGAAGCACUGGAGAGAACUUUAUACCAAGCUGCCUUUUGUCCCAGUUCGUGACGCAGACAAGCGGAAUCACGACAUCUCAAUGCUGGACUACAUUGGGGCCAAGCAUGACGUCACCGAGAAAGAGCUGGCCGCCAAAAGUUUGUCGAAGUGGUUAAUGUUUCACCGGAAGGCCACGGUGAACGAGUUGGUGUCGGCCCUGAAAGAGACCAAGUUCCUCCGCCUGGCCAGCGAUAUAGAGGGGAAAUUUCUGUCGUAGAUCUACUGGCUAGACUAGUAGACAGGCACGUUUAGUCUAGACUUAACAACAAGACUGUCGAAUUGAGCGAUAAAGCAUUCAUUCUUUAUCGGUGCUAUCAAAGCAAACCAAGUGACAAUGAACAUUCAUGUUACCUAGCACUAUCUGCAACAUGCAAUCAUUCCGAAUAAAAAAAGAAGGUUAGAUCUAAUAGCUACGUCUUCGGGUAAACUAUAACACAAUGGACAAGUCUCACUGUGUAUUAUUUCAGCGUGAACAGAUCAAGGUAAAAAGGCAGUAGUUGGGUGUACAUAAUUGAUUCUUGAUUAAUAUCAUACAUAAUUCGUUUUUUUUAAAUUGUCAAGCAACAAAUUAUGUUGUACGUGAAUGUGUUUUAAAUGUAAUAAGUGAUUCGGGUUGCUGAGCAAAGAUAUUAAUUCAAAUACUUAUCAUUGCAUACAUUUAGACUACAUAGUCGUCUUUGGUAUGGUUAAUAAUACAAGUUGACAACUGAGCUAGUCUUUAUAAUGUUUCGUACACAAAUGAGCUCUACACUUUAUGACUGUAUACAUGUAUCUCAGUUAUUUUAUUGGACUAAAUACAAGAAUUAUUUUUGUUCUCAUUAUUUUUAGCUUCACUUUACAAACAAGUUUCGGUCUGUCUCAUAAUGUAUUAGCUAUUAUAAUAUAUCUAUUUAUUUCUAUUGUUACCAGAACAUGUCCUCCUUUUUGAGGUCGUGUCCUCCUUUUUGAGGUCGUGUCCUCCGUCCGACAGUAAGUUGUCUAAAAAAAAACGUCUGCCUCUUCAUUUUUGCUUACUUCAUACUAAACACAUUAUAGGGCAGUACAAUUCAAUUCUUCCUAUCUUCUGGUUUAAACACAGAACUUCACUUAUAAAUAAUUAAGUCGGACACACUGUUCGUAAAGGAAUAUUCCUGGGAAAUAGGGUAUUGAUAUAAACAAUGGCUCUGUAGUUUGACCAGUACUGUCACAUGAACUUAUUGACAGGUCAAAAAAAGAUCAUUUUAAGUUGUCACGUUUUUACCAUCUUUCAUGAGUGUUUGCUUACAUUGAAGAUCAGAUCAGACGUUACGGUACACUGAACAAAAGACAGAAGUAGAUUCUUCAUUGAUUAGAGCAGAGGCAAUGUUUCUCACAAUAAGAAAAAAGACUUGGAGCUCGUCUGUGAAAUGAUAAUAAAAUAUCAUUAAUUAAUUUGUAAGCAGCCUACAUUUUUUCAUUUUUCUUUAUCAUGUUGUGUGUGUGUGUGUGUGUCAUAGCUUGUAAAGCUGUGUCCUUUCUUUCUACCCUACUUUGGAGGUACAGAUGCCUGGUAUACCCUAUUGCUUUCUGUUCUUUGACCUGAUGAAUGGGAUGCUGUAGAAACAAAAUAGUGUUGUAUUAUCUAUCUCCAAACAAGAGCAAUUUUAUUGGGGGAGGGGGGGGGGGAGAUAAUCUUUAUUAAGUGUCUUGAGUUCCGAGUUUUAAUCUUUAGGGAACUUUUUUGCGCACUCACUAUUUACACUGAUACUAUCUCUAAUUCAUUUUAUUUAACUUGUCCUGUUAAUGUACAUAGACCAUACAUCUAUAUGAUUUAAUGCUUCAAAAUGUUGUGUUAGAAAACAAAAUAUUUGUAUGAAUAUAAAUACAAGAAAAGAUGUCUCCAACGAAUGCCACAGCGGCAGACAGCUACAAGAGUAACAAAAAAAAUGUUAAAACAUGGUGGACGUCUUAUUGUUGCAUGGACGUUGAAAGAAGCAUAGAUGUCUUAUUUUGGCAUGGAUGUCUUGUUGUUAUUAUUGUUAUUAUUGUCAGUGAUUAAUAAUAUGACUACUUAUGACUCUAUAAUUAUGUAUAUUAUAUCUAUUUUAUUAAGUUAGGAAAGAUAUUUCAUAUUCCAAUUUUAUAUUUCAUUGCUUCACGCUCUCUAACAAAUUAGUGUUUAUUUAAAUAUUAUUUUAACUGUAAUGUAUUUAAUUAUCAUAACUUUAUAAACGUCUAAAUUAUAACACAAUAAAUCAAUAGAUCUAUA